GUUAUAAUUAUUGCAUCACAUUGGGAUAAAAGUAUCCAUAAGACAAAGCGGAUUUUUAUGGACCAACUUCAUGAAGCUUUACCAUCGGAAUGUAAUCUUGGGCAAUACAUUAGAGAGGACAGAUGUUUCUGCACACAGUUUCCUUUGGAAGCUCUAACUGACCUUGAAGAUAUUCUAGUAAGAAUAGCAAAAGACAAAAAGUGGAAGGAGAACAUUCCUCAUGAAUGGGUAUUUUUAAAUGAUGAGAUAUCAAACACAAAAAGAGAACAACGUAUCAUGUCUGUAAAUGAUAUAUUGGAGGGAAUGCCUGUAAAUAAUUCUUCUCGCGUUCAUGCAGCUAAUGAUAUGUUGCGGUAUUACCACGAUGCUGGAAAAGUCCUUUUCUUCAAUGAGGCAGAGCUGAAUAAGUAUGCAAUUAUUGAUGUGCAAUGGUUUGUUGAUGCAUUCAAAACCAUAAUUACAGACGAAAAACACGUCCAGGGAGUCAUUGCAAGUGGAAAGGAUUGGCAGGAAUACUAUAGUACAGGUCAUAUUCAAGAUUCUCUUCUCACUGAAAUAUGGAGAAAAGAAGACGAAAAUUUACUCACCUCUUUGAAAGAGGAAAACAUCUCAGUAAAUGAUGAAUUAGAUAAGGAUGCCCGUUUUCUGUUGUAUCACAAACAAACAUUAUUGAUGUACAUGCAAAGAUUAGGUUUGAUGUCCAUUGGAGAAACGUCUCACUACAUUCCUUGUAUGAACAAAAAGAAUUUUGGUGAAGAACAAAAGCAUGUCAUUAUAACCUCAUCAUCCAAGUCAUCUAUCCUUGUCUUCUCCUUCGACUUUCUACCAUACUUUCUUUUCUAUCGUUUGGUUGUCAAAAUUAUGGAGAUCAAACAUUGGAGAGCUCUGAAAAGUAACAAUAUCAGUUGUUUGUACAAAGAUGCUGCCAUGUUUACAUACAAAAAUCAUAAUAUUGCAGUAGCAGUUACAGAUACAACGAUUCAAUUACAAAUCUUUCAUCCUGAACAGGGAAUCGAAAUGUCAAAAAAUGUAACAUUAUCUGUGAGAAGUUGCAUUGAAAAUAUAAUGAAGGACAUAUCUAGUACCUUUCAUAAGAAUCUAGCAUAUCGAAUAGGGUAUACCUGUGACAAUGAGAGAGAACAAAUAUUAGGUAUGAAAGUAACAGAAAGUUUCAUUGAAGAGAAAGAUCUCCCCGUUGGAGACAGGAUCACAUGUCCUCAACAUCAGGUUGAAAAUCUACAUCAUAUUAAUCCAGAUUAUAUAAGUUCCUUUUGGAGAUAAACUCAUUAAGCUCUAUUUAUCUACUCUAAAUUUCACUUUUCAAAAAUCUUCAACCAUUGGACUUAAUUGUCUUCACAAUAGCGACUUUAUAUACUCUGCGAGAUAUUGUGUAAGUUGUUAAAUUUGUGAAGCAAUACUGAGUUGUCAAUAUAUUUUAACACUCUUUACUAUCGAUGAUAAAGAUGUUGUGACGAGACAGAUAUUCACUCCUCAAUGGUACUUGCCCCACCUCUGAUGUUUUGGAGGUCCAUGUUUGAUCUGCUUCUAUUUUGUAAAGUUUAAUGAACUUUCGAGCUCAAAUAUGUUUCGUUAACUCCACAUAUUUUAUGAACCAAAAUUUGGCUUUUAACUCUUUUAAACAGAUAUAUCUGUCUUCACUUAAACUAAAAUAUCUUAUUUUUCUAAGUAUUCAAAUGUUGACCAUUGGUAACUCUUAUU